UUUUGUCUUUUAUGUGGAAAAUUUGAAAAUAUUUCGGCAUUUUAUAACAACUUGACAUUUUUUUUUUUUCUUUCUCUCUUUUUGUUCUAAUUUCUCGUAGCCAUGGAAGGAUCAUUCAAGGCGCAAUAUGAUCAAGUUGAAACUUUGGCUUCUGCUUUCCCUGAUAAUUCAACCUUGAUUGAACAAACCUACAAAGAUCUAGUAUUAAACAAGUUAUGGAAGACAGUCAAUGUCGUACCAGUGGAGAGUCUCAAUACCUGUAUCUUACAUGCUCAUGAACCCGGAACUCCAAUCAGCGAUCGACUUGUUAUUGUGCCUCUACGAUAUGACCAAGUAUUAUCCAUGGACAAGAUAAACGAAACAUUUAGAAUGUUGGAUAAGGAACAGAUAUCGAAUGAACUUGAAUCACUAACGUGUCUGAAGAAAAUCACUUUUGCCAUUGUAGCUUCUGAUGCAACCAUGUUAUAUUAUCAUAUCGCAAGAGGCCUGGUCCCACCAAAGGAACAUUGAUCUUUUCAACCCCUGUUAAUAGAAUAGUUUAUUCGCUUUCUUCUUUUGUAUAUUUCAAUCCAUCCUCCCAUAUUUUCAAGAACCAUUUAACUCUUUAUUUUUACAGAAAAAUACCCUUUUAAUAAAAAUAUAAUUUUUUGUUUUCUUCCCAUCAUUCAAUAAAAAUUAUCAUCCACAAUUCAUUUUACCAUCAAAUCAUAACAUCCUCAUCAUCA